AUGGUUCGAUCUGAGCCACUUGAUGCUCAAAAUGAGGGCGCUGGAGGGUUUGGACGUCGACGAGAGGAUCGUCUAAUGUAUAAAUUGGUGGACAUGCAUGGAGGAGGAGAGCUUAUCUCGUGGAUGAGAUAUGGAAAUCGAUCCGGUGACUACUCGAUGGUUGAAGGGUAUUUCGAGUCAAUGGUUUGCGAGAGUAUGUACAAUCAAGGAAAAGGGAAAAUCAUGUCUAUUAACGAGCUGGUGAAAGUGAGAAAUAAAGAAAGGAAUGAUUGGUGGCAACAAAAUAUGGCAAAGAGACAAAAAGGGAAAGCGGCACCGAAUCUGCUUGAUGCUUUCAAUCAAGAGGGAGCGAAUACAGGCGAUGUACAGAAAGCCUUAAAAAUGUUGGAGGGUGGCGGAAAGAAAGGAAAAAACGAUUCAAAGUAUCGGGAUGUCGUUUGGCGGUUAGAGGAACGAGGUAGUAUGGGCGAAACACUGAUGGGAGUCGCCCUUCUCACAGCCACACCCAUUCAUCACGGACUUGUCGUUCAGUUGGCGAACGAGUUCCCGAAACUCGUCAACGAUUAUUGUAUAUCUGAAGAUUAUUAUGGAAUGUCCCCAUUACAUCAAGCAAUCAUCAACGAGGAUCCAUAUAUGACGAGUAUUCUCUUGAAAAAGGGUGCUAACGUGAAUACGAGAUGUUAUGGUGCUUUCUUUUGUGUUGAUGAUCAGAAAAAUCAUCGAGCCGAUUUGCCCGACGAGGAGUCCGUUCAAUUACCAUUGAAGACGAAUUAUACGGGUCGGAUGUAUUUCGGCGAGUUUCCGCUCUCAUUUGCUGCUUGUAUGAACGAUGAGGAUUGUUUCCGAUUGUUGAUUGCGUAUAAGGCAAAUCCAAAUGCCCAGGAUUCAAACGGGAACACUGUGUUGCACAUGUGUGUCAUCCAUGAGAAUCUGAAAAUGCUUCGUCUUGCCGUUGAAAAAGACGCGAAAUUGUCGAUUGUGAAUCGCCAACAACUCUCUCCAUUAACUUUAGCCGCAAAAUUAGCAAAAAGAGAGAUGUUUGUUGAGAUUUUGGGAAUGGAAGCUGAUGUUAUUUGGUCAUAUGCUGACUCGUCACAGACCGCUUACCCAUUAGCGAAAAUCGACACAAUCAAUGAAGAAAAUGGGGAACUCAACGAGCAGAGCGCUCUAGCGCUUGUUGUUUAUGGGGAAUCGACGGAUCACUUGGAACUGUUGGAUGGCCUUCUCGAAAGAAACACCACUUGGUGUCAUUUACGAGAUUACUCUAAAAUGAGCGAUCGUUAUAUUGGAUUUGGAUGGAUCCGACUCGCUUGCGAAAUGAUCGUUUUGUCGCUGGUUUUCGCUCAAAUUAUUCUCGAUUUUAUUGAUAUUCGUCGAAUUGGUCGUCAAAAAUGGUUAAAUAUGUUGAAAUCAUUUCCCGCAAAGAUCAUCUACAAGUUCUCUUUUCUCCUCAUCUUACUCGUCAUACCAAUUAGAAUGUUGUGCUUUAUUGGGCCAAUCAUGCUCGCAUUCGACAAUUAUCUCUCGUUGUUAUCCGUUCUCUUCACCACGAUACACUUUUUGUUUUAUUUGAGAGCCAUCAAAUUUAUCGCCUUUUUUGUGACAUUCAAAUCUUGCGAACUCUACAGUAAUCAACAAAUCGAGAACGGCAUCAUCAAUCCCGCAAAUAUCUCACACCAACUUUGGACUGAUCUUGAUGGAAUUUUGCAUCCAACCGGCGAGGGUUUCGAUAAUAUUUUGGCUUCUCCGCAAGAAUCUUUUGUUCGAACUUUUAUCAUGACUACUGGUGAAUUCAUGAGCCCUCUACCAAGAACUCGCUUCUUGUCCAAAUCCGAUCAUGAUCGUCAUUGGAAAGUUGAAGCUGAAGCUGAGGUUGAAGCUGAAGCUGAGGCUGAAGCUGAGGCUGAAGCUGAAGCUGAGGCUGAAGCUGGAGUUGAAGCUGAAGUUGAAGCUGGAGCUGGAGCUGGAGCUGAGGCUGAAGCUGGAGUUGAAGCUGAAGUUGAAGCUGGAGCUGGAGCUGGAGCUGAGGCUGAAGCUGAGGCUGAAGCUGAAGCUGAAGCUGGAGCUGGAGCUGGAGCUGAAGUUGAAGCUGAAGCUGAGACUGAAGCUGAAGCUGAGGCUGAAGCUGGAGUUGAAGCUGAAGUUGAAGCUGGAGCUGGAGCUGGAGCUGAGGCUGAAGCUGGAGUUGAAGCUGAAGUUGAAGCUGGAGCUGGAGCUGGAGCUGGAGCUGAGGCUGAAGCUGAGGCUGAAGCUGAAGCUGAAGCUGAAGUUGAAGCUGGAGCUGGAGCUGAUGUUAAAGCUGCAGCUGAAUACAAAAAAGAGUACAAACGACAGUGGGCUCAAGUGAUUCUCUCGCUAGAGAUGUCACUUCCACCACAGGAACGCCUCAUUCCAUUUACUCAAAUACUCGAGACCAAUUGGCACAAA